UGGCUCUUCAGGUUUCAUCAGGAGUGGAAGACUUUUGGAACCUCAAGCUGCCUCCAUGUGCUUUUCUGCAGCGAUGGCCCAUAACAAUCGAGUUCGUGUUGGAACAACUUCUUUGGGUCGACCCAGCCUCUGUCUGCCAAACAGCUGCUGGUCAGCCUGCCCUCUACCAGGGGCUGUCAACAUCCCUGCCAACAUUGGGAACUGUGGGAAUUAUGGUGAAGGCUUCUUGAAUAGUCAUGAGAAGGAGACCAUGCAGUUCCUCAAUGACCGUCUGGCCAACUACCUAGAGAAGGUGCGGGAACUGGAGAGGGAGAAUGCAGAGCUGGAGACCAAGAUUCAGGAGUGGAGCAAGUGCCAUCCUUCUUUUGUGUGCCCAGACUACCAAUCUUAUUUCAGGACUGUGGAGGAACUCCAGCAGAAGAUCCUGUGUACCAAGUCUGAGAACACGAGGCUGGUCGUACAGAUUGACAAUGCCAAACUGGCUGCUGAUGACUUUAGAACCAAGUAUGAGACUGAACAUUCUCUCCAUCAGCUGGUGGAGGCUGAUAUUGGAAGCCUGCGUAGGAACCUGGAUGACCUCACUCUGGCUAAAUGUGACCUGGAGGCCCAAUUGGAGUCCCUAAAGGAGGAAUUACUGAGCUUCAAGAAGAACCAUGAGCAGGAAGUUCAAAACCUGCACCGCCAGCUGGGAGACAAACUCCACAUUGAACUGGACACAGCCCCACCUGUGGAUCUCAACCGGGUGCUGGGUGAGAUGAGGUGCCAGUAUGAGGCCAUGGUGGAGACCAACCAGAAUGAUGUGGAGCAGUGGUUCCUGGCUCAGAGUGAGGGCAUCAGUAUGCAGGAAAUGUCUUGUUCAGAGGAGAUACAGUGCUGUCAGUCUGAGAUCUUGGAGCUAAAACGCUCAGUGGAUGCUCUGGAGGUUGAGUUGCAAGCUCAGCACAAGCUGAAAGAGUGUUUGGAAAACUCCUUGUGUGAAUCUGAGGCUCGCUACAGUACUGAGCUGGCCCAGAUGCAAUAUCUGAUCAGCAAUGUGGAGGAGCAAUUGUCUGAGAUCAGGGCUGACCUGGAACGCCAGAACAAUGAAUACCAGGUGCUCCUGGACGCUAAAGCCCGGCUGGAGUGUGAAAUCUCCACCUACCGAAAUCUGUUGGAGAGUGAAGAUUGCAAGCUCCCCUGCAAUCCAUGUGCUAAUUCGGUAUCCUGUGUCCCUUGUCCACCUCCUGCUGCCUGCGCAUCCUGCCUUCCAAGUGCCCCACGAUCUAUCUGUGCUCCCUGCUCAUCAUCUCGAUGCUGAAAGUCUGACCAGACCAACAUACUUACCUUAUGGAAAAAUCUUCAUCUCCUGAGGUUUUGUCUGAUGGACCACUAGAAGAACCACUUAAUCCCUUAUGGAACCUCUAAGAUUCUCAACUUUCCCAUCAUUCUGAACUUGUAAACAGACUUGAUUUGUGUUUUAAAGUUUGGAAUAUUCGCUCUCUUAAUGUAGAAUGCCUUUAUCCCAGGCUACAUUUAUAUAUAUUUAUAUAUUCAGCUUCCUAACUUCUCUCUUUUACUAGUUCCCUAUCUUCUGUGAUACAAUCAAAAAUCUUGUUAGUUAAUAAACUUUU